UGCUGCCAUACCAUGGCGAAAUCGCGCCACGAGUUUCGCAAUCCACCGAUUCGGAGUCCGAGCGGCCAAAUCUAGAGUUCAGUCGAUUCUCUCCGUUCCCGGUGGCAACACGCGAAAAACUAGAGCACAAAAGGCACGAUUGGUGUCGGGCGCGUCGUGGAAAAUUCGUGUCACACUUCUAGAUCUAGAGCCAUGGUGGAGCAGAUUUGCACCAGCCAUUGAAGCAGAAUACAGCAAAAAAAAAUAAGCUCCUCUGAAAAAGGCAUUGGUGUCUCAGCGGGUGUCUCGUGUCGGGUGUGUGUGUGUUAGUGGGACUGGCAGGGUUUUCCCAGUUUUCCGUUCUUCACAUUUUCCAGUGUGCGGUUCUGUGUGUUUCGUAAGAAGUUUUUUUGCUUUUAUUCCACGUCGGUGGUCGUCGGUGCGAGAAAAGAACAAACGAAACAAGGAUAGAGAGUCAACCUAUACGAGGCCAAGGUGUGUGUGGGGGAGAGUGUUAAUUUUGUCACGGUCAAGCGUCGGCGGGAGCAAACGCCCCCUCCUAGAGUAGUAAUUGUGAUCUAUUGUAGUGUAAUUAAUUAAACGUAAAUAAAUAGUUAUACGCACAGAAGAUACCUCGGAAAGCAUCGCAUUUUCUUCUGGAUUGAUUAGCGUUGAUUUCGCAACAGUUCCGCGAAUUUCGCCCUCCAGGUGGAGUCAACUAGAUGGCAACAGUAGCUAUGUAGCUGGGUAAAGUUGGAAAUGAAUUGAACAACGUAGACGGUGCUUAUCAGACGAAGUUUUCCUCAAAACUACUACAAAGGCUGUAAUAAGGAUAAAAUGCUCCUGUAAAAUGCCCUGCCAUGGCACUGCGCGGUUGGCGACUCUUUGGGUUGGCCGGUACCAUCCUGGUGUACAUCGGCGGUAUUCUGUUUCUGUCUUUCGUCAGCCUACAGAGUCCGCAGCAGAAGCGUAACCAUGCUCGUGGUUAUGGCGAGUUCGAAACUCUACGGAACCGUGACCUGGGGUUGCUGGGGAAGAAACCACCCCUGCAAUGGUGCACCGAACUCCGCUACAUGGACAGUCCACUACCGUCACCGAAGGCCUACAAGCUGCUGCAAACCUUCCCCGGUCAUUUUGUGAAAAAGUUCCAACAGAUUCACAGUUUUAGGAAAGAUGAGCCAUUUCAAAAUCCACAGCAGCAGCAGCAGCAACCGCAACGACACAACGAUGUCAGCAGUAAACGUGCUCCCAAACGGUCAGCCACGGCUGCCGAUUUCCAUUCGUCUUCUUCGCAAUGGCCUAAUAGUAACAGCAACAAAUUUGAUACCAAUAAGAUAGCAACUAGUGAUAGGAUAGUAAAUGAUGGGCACCAGAAGUCUUCCAACGGUCGGGAACUGACGGCGCUGGUGUCUUUUCCCGGUAGCGGGAACACGUGGCUGCGGUAUCUGCUGCAGCAGUCCACGGGUAUCCUCACUGGAAGUGUGUACAAAGAUUAUGGCCUACUCAAAAGUGGGUUUCCAGCGGAAAAUGUGGCAAACUCAUCGGUCUUGGUAGUGAAAACGCACGAGUGGGGUCCGCAGGCUUGGGCCCCGUAUGGAAAAGCUAUCCUACUCGUCCGAGAUCCAGAAAAAGCCAUACUAGCUGAGUUCAACCGCCAAAGUGGUGGCCACGUAGGAUUUGCCUCGCCUGACCGAUACCGACGAACCAAAGGACGGUAUUGGACACAAUUUGUCAAAAACAAACUAUGGGCCUGGGAGCAGACGAACCUGUCCUGGGCGAAAAAUUUUACUGGUGAUGUCAAACUAGUCUUUUACGAUGAUCUGGUGGAAAACGUCGAGGGAACCCUCCGGAGUAUUCUGAAGUUUCUUAACUUUCCAGUCAACGACGAGCUUCUAGCAUGUGCUUUGAUGCGCAAGGAAGGGAUCUAUCGCAGAAAGAAACGGAUAUUACAGUUUGAUCCGUAUAGUCCAGCGAUGCACGCAGCAAUUGAUGAGAAACGGUCCGAAGUGUAUGCUGCCUUGGGUCGAUUCCGGUCUCACUGAAUAACUCUAGUCAAAUCGCACAAGGUAACAGCAGUGCUACAACCGCGAUAAAACUAAGUACCAAAUACAACUCUAGUCAUUUAAUUCGGCCAUUACUUCGUAGUUUGUUGAAUAAUUAGGAACAACAAAUAUCAGAAGG